AUGGAACUGGGGCAGCCCUCGGUGGCAGCUCAGCCAGCAGAUCUCCUGAAGGUCCUAGAUUUUCACAACUUGCCCGAUGGAAUAACAAAGACAACAGGCUUUUGUGCCACGCGGAGAUCUUCCAAAGGUCCAGAUGUCGCUUACAGAGUCACGAAGGAUGCCCAGCUCAGUGCACCCACCAAGCAGCUGUACCCUGCAUCUUCAUUUCCUGAGGAUUUCUCCAUUCUAACCACUGUGAAAGCCAAGAAAGGCAGCCAGGCCUUCCUGGUCUCCAUCUACAAUGAGCAGGGCAUCCAGCAGAUCGGCCUGGAGAUGGGCCGCUCUCCGGUCUUCCUCUAUGAGGACCACACGGGGAAACCAGGGCCAGAGGAUUACCCCCUCUUCAGGGGCAUCAACCUGUCCGAUGGCAAGUGGCACAGGAUCGCUCUCAGUAUCCACAAGAAAAAUGUCACCUUGAUCCUGGAUUGUAAAAAGAAGACCACCAAACACCUCGCCCGCAGUGACCACCCCAUGAUAGAUGUCAACGGCAUCAUCGUGUUUGGGACCCGGAUCCUGGACGAGGAAGUGUUCGAGGUGUGA